GGUGAAGAGACACCAUCACAAACACAACGUGAAACACAGAUAUGAGUUCCUCGAGACUCUCGGGAAAGGCACGUACGGACGGGUGAAGAGAGCCGUGGACCGGUCCGGCAGAACGUGUGUGCAGAUCUCUAGCCGUCAGGGACGAGCGCAGGGGCUGCGUUACACAAGCCGCAUGAGUCGGAUGAAGAACAACCGCUCCCUUGUGUGUCUGUAACACAAUGAGUUUGUCAGGAAAGAGAAAAUCAACAUGCGAUCGUUUGCUCGACAGGUUUGACUGAUCUCACACCUGAGCGGAUCAGACAGGUGGCCAUAAAAUCCAUCAGAAAAGAGAAGAUCAAAGACGAGCAGGAUUUAAUUCACAUUCGUCGUGAGAUCGAGAUCAUGACGUCUAUCGGUCACCCUCACAUCAUCACCAUAUAUGAAGUGUUUGAGAAUAAAGAUAAGAUGGUGAUUGUGAUGGAGUACGCCAGCGGUGGGGAUCUGUACGACUACAUCAGUGACAAACCGCACAUGUCUGAGAAUGAAGCCAGACAUUUGUUCAGACAGAUCGUGUCUGCCGUCCAUCACUGUCACAAGAACGGGAUUGUUCAUCGUGACCUGAAACUGGAGAACAUCUUGUUGGACGGCAACGGAAAUAUCAAAAUUGCUGAUUUUGGGCUGUCUAACCUGUAUCAGGGUGAUAAGUUCCUGCAGACGUACUGUGGGAGUCCUCUCUACGCCUCUCCAGAGAUCGUCAACGGGCGGCCGUACAGAGGUCCAGAGGUGGACUGCUGGUCUCUGGGUGUUCUGCUCUACACGCUGGUGCACGGAGCCAUGCCGUUUGACGGACAUGACUACAAGAACCUGGUCCAACAGAUUAGCACUGGAGACUACCGCAAACCAAGCAAACCUUCCGAUGCGUGUGGUUUGAUCCGCUGGAUGUUGAUGGUGAACCCGGAGCGUAGAGCGUCUUUAGACGAGAUCGCUGGACACUGGUGGCUCAACUGGGGUUAUCAGCACCCCCUGCUGGCUGAGAACGAGAGCGCAGCCGUCCAUCAAGGACUGGCACACGUGACCGCCGCGUGUCAGACGGGCGGCUCCACCCGCAUCGCCGUCUGGUUGCGUCGCACCUCUCGUCCGUUACUCCAGAGCGGGUCGAAGGUGCGCUGUCUGCUGCGGUCAGGUGGAGCCGCCGGAGGGGAUCCGGUCCAGCGCCAGCGCUCCAUACGCAGGUCCCGCAAAGAAAACAAUGUCUCUCAGACGAUGCAGGAAGGCUCCACCCCUCGGCCCUACAAAGGCAUUCUGAAAAAGCGGGGCAGUCUGAAACAGAAGCCACCCGCUGACGCCCAGGCGCCGCCCUUGGAAGAGAAAAGCCCGAACACGUGUCCGUUCGCCUCCGGUGCUGCAGAGACACCCGUGCUGCCUCCGCCCCCUAAAGGCAUCUUAAAGAAGCCUUCUGAAAACAAGUCGGACUUUUAUUCCUCAUCCCCAGAGAGCCGUGACGCCAUCCCGUGCCCGUCAUCCGCGGGACACCGCAAGGGUAUCCUCAAACGCCGCGGCAAGUUUUCCAGCGGCCUGCAAGAAUUCGGCUCGCUGGACCAGCUCGCGCCCACGUUACCCACAGGAGGAAACAGAUCACUACCCAGCGGAGCCAUCAGCGAGGAGAGCAUCCUCUCCUCUGAGUCCUUCGACAGACUCGACCUGCCUGACCGCAAGGUUCCGCUCGCACCGAUCGAGCGGCCACCAGGGGGCAGACACAUGCGAGGAUGCGUGUCCGUGGACAACCUACUGGACCUGAGGGAGGACAGGCCCGCUCAGCGGCAGGGACACUGGGAAAUGGACGCAGCCUGUUACCGUGCAGGAGUGUCUGAAAGUGUGUUUUCAAUCUCGGAAUGCGAGAAUGUAACUCAGACUUACAAACAAGUGUUUAGCGUAGCGUAGCGCGAAAUGUUGAAUCUCUGCGAUGACGACACAACCUUUGAGUUCUGCUCGGAAAGUGCAGACGGCUCUCGUGAGCCAUGGAUGCGUUUCUUCUGGGAAACGUUCUGGAGCGAAGCCAGGGGCUGGUAAAGGAACUGAUUCCGAGCAGACAGGAAACAGAAAACAGGAAGUGCUGUGAGACUGAAGGAGGUGUACUUCAUUCUGAUGGGAAAGCAGUUUGUGUGACUGUGCAUAUUAUUAUUAUACACUUGUUCAGAGGGAAAGAUUUGUUUUAUUUUGUAGGCGCUGAUGAACUGAUUAAUCAUUUGAAAACUAUUGUUUAAGGUUUUGGAUUAUAGAAAAGGUACCAAAGAUGAAGUUAGGCACUGAUUGUAAAUUAAGCUCAUCUGUUAAAGAUAACGACAAAAUGUGGGUAGAUUACACAAGCGUACACAAUAAGUAUAUCAGCUAACAUGGAGAAGCGGGUGACACGAGGACACAACACACACAAGACCACUGCAAACAAACACUGAUAACGGAGGUUUAUUAUUCUCGCCAAUUUGACUUUACAACAUUUACCGGCGCAGCGAACACAAUCGACUGUUAUCUCCUCAUGGCUUUAUGAAGUCUGGACUUUGGUCUGUUUCUUGAUAAAAGUGUUAUUUCCGACGGCAGAUUACACACUGACCUCUUUAAACGAUGGUAAAGUUCUCUUUCUUAAAACAGUCCGUCAUGAAAUCAUAGAGAAAUAUUGUAUUGAGAAGUAUGUAUUACUGUUGAUGUUUUGGUGGUUGCUUUAUUUCAGUGUCACGGGGGUGUUUGAAGGUUUUCAGUGUUUGUAACAGUAACGUGUACAUUUGGUGGGUUUUUUUAAUCGAGGCGGUGAGGUGUGUUUUAUUCGUUUGGUGACAUUGAGUUUCUGCAUGAAACUGUGGACCAAUAAAACAGCAGAAGAGAGAAAAACCUGCCUGGAUGUUUAUUUCUGUG